CACCCACAAGACAAACUCACCCUCACGUCACACAGUUUUGACACGCUGAGCGUACAUUCAUUCCAAUCUUGAAAACAGAUCUUGGACCAGUCCAUUCUUUUGCCACACACACACACACAGAGACACAAAAACACAACAAAGAACACCAUCCAAAAUGUUCACCAAGCACGCCGUCAUCGCCCUGGCCGCCGCCGCCGCCUCUGUCGGUGAGGUUGCCGCUGCCAACUUCCACCGCCAGUACCACCACGUCAUUCCUCGUGACAUCAAGUACGCCGCUACCGAGACCGUUGUUGUUGUCGCCUACGAGACGGUCACCGUCACGGCCGGCGAGGAGCCCGAGGCCACUCAGGAGGCCACCUCUUCUCCGGCGCCUGCUGCCACCUCUUCUCCGGCGCCUGCUGCCACCUCUUCUCCUGCCGUCCAGGCCCCGGACAACGCCUUCGCUCAGCCUCCAGCCCAGCAGAGCACCACUCUCGCCACCCAGACCUCCAGCAGCAGCAGCACUAGUAGCAGUAGCAGCAGCAGCAGCACUCCUGUCGCCGAGCUGCCUGAGCCCACCACCGCCAUUGUCCCCACUCUGCUGCCCUCCUCCAGCGCCGCCGCGCCUUCUUCCUCUGCUGCGCCUGUCCCCGCUCACGGCAGCAAGCGCGGUGCCGCAUUCAACGAUGCUGGCCUGGUCAACGCCCUCGUGGGCAUGACCAACAAGAUCAGCUGGUCCUACAACUGGGGCGCCUCCGAGUCUGGCCUCAACCCUGGCAUUGAAUUCGUGCCCAUGCUGUGGGGUCCUGGCCACACUGCUGGCUGGACUGAGAAUGCCGAGAAGGGCAUUGCCAACGGUGCCACGGCCCUCCUGAGCUGCAACGAGCCCGACAUUGACAGCCAGUCCAACAUCAGCCCGGCUGUUGCUGCCGCCUUCCACAAGACCAACAUGAACCCCUUUGCCAGCAAGGCCCGCAUCAGCUCGCCUGCCAUCUCCUCCAGCCAGAACGCCAACCAGGGUCUUGAUUAUCUGAAGCAGUUCUUCGCAGCCUGUGGCGGCGAGUGCGUUGUCGACUUCUGUGCCAUCCACUGGUAUGGUCCUGGCGGCGACUCGGGCGCCCAGCUCUUCCUCGACCACGUCAAGAACGCCCACGAGGGCUGCCAGAACAAGCCCAUCUGGAUCACCGAGUUCAAUGCCGAGGGUGGCGAUGUCGACCAGUUCUACCGCACCGUCAUCCCGGCUCUUGAGAGCGACGAGUUCAGCUUCGUUGAGCGCUACUCGCCCUUCUUCGUGGCCACUGGCUAUAUCAUGCAGUCCAGCAGUGCCCUCAGCUCCUGGGGCCAGAUCUUUGCCACGCUUGACUAGAUAUCUGUCUGACAUGGACUCCUGGUCCGGGUGUGCGUGGUUGGCGCUUCUUGUACGAUGGUCAGAUCUUGUUGAUGUGGCGACACGUCCUCACAUACAAGAAGACAAUGAUCUCAUUUACUUUCUAGACCUGUACAUAUAUUUUCAACAGCUUUUUUUUUCCUUCAUGCAGAGGCUUCGUGCCUGUAGGCGUCAGAUCAGGAUGGGAACUGCUUGGGAUAAGCAAUGGUUUGGGACGGGAUCAAAAGACCCCUCUAUGAGAAGGAUAUGGAUA